AUGGGUCGGACAUAUGUUCGAAAAACGCAAAAGGGUGCCGGAUUUGCCUAUACUAAGGAAGACCUUCAAAAGGCCCUUAAUGAUGUGCGAAAUGGAAAUAAAACUACUAGAGGUGCAGCUGCUUUCUAUAAUAUUCCAAGAAGCACACUGAAACAUUAUGUAUUAGGAACUAGAGGUAAAGGCGCUUCCGCAGAAGAGGGCAGAGGCGGUGGAGGUGUAAGAUCCUAUUUGUCGGCUGCAGAAGAAGAGGAAAUUGCCAACUGCAUUAGAGUAAUGGAAAAAAACGGAUUUGAACUUUCACGAGAUGAGGUUUUGGACUUGGUACAAUUGUAUAUUAGACAUAAUAAUAUACAGAUUCGAUUUAAAGAUCAACGCCCUGGUCCAGACUGGUUUGUUUUGUUUAGAAAAAGGCAUCGAUUAUCCAUUAAAAAACCUCAAAGCAUUGAACACAUUAGAGGUGACCAGGUCAAUCCUUGGGUAAUUUUCGACUUUUUUGACAAGUUAACACAGCUCGUAAAGGACUUAAAUCUAGAAGAAAGGCCGGGUCAAAUAUACAAUUGUGAUGAGACAUCUUUUUGCCACGACCCGUCAAAAACCAAAAUUGUUGGGGCUAUUAGUGGCAAGUGUCAACGCAAGACUAGUUCCACUGGAAGAGAAAACACCUCGGUUUUACUCUGCUAUGCCGCUGAUGGAAAAUCCCUCUCAUUGCUUUGCGUGUUCAAGGGCAAAUACGUAAUGGAAAAUUGGAUAAAUACAGAAGUUGCCACAGAAACUGCCGUUUCCGUAACUGAGCGAGGGUGGAUGGAAACAACCCUAUUUUACAACUGGUUUAAAAUGGUUUUCCUUCCAAAUAUUGGCAAUGAACGGCCUGUACUGUUGGUGUAUGACGGACAUGUAACACAUAUUUCAACAAAGCUAAUCCAGUUAGCCCAGGAAAAUAAUAUUUGCAUUAUGAAACUGCCACCUCACACUACGCAUGUUUUGCAACCACUUGAUGUUGCGGUUUUUAAAGGUUUAAAAACAGAUUGGGAUAAGGAGCUGUGCAAAUGGCAGCGUCAAAAUCCCAGAAGAAAAAUCCCCAAACCGGAAUUUACAGCUCUCCUGACGAGAGUUGCCAGUCGAAUUCCAGAGUCGAGUAUUAAAAAUGGAUUUAAGACAACAGGAAUAUACGAUCCAGAAAAAAAUGGUCCAAACAGAGACGCUAUUCCUCUUUCAAUAUUCAAGCCUGACGACCUAAAAAAAUAUAGAGACAGCCUUCCUCUUAUUACUGCUGAAGCAGAAAUCCGUGCAGAAAUCAAAGACAACCCGCCUCCAACGUGCAACAAUACUCAUGUUAGCGGUGCAACAGCAAUCAAGGAGCCAGAAAAGAACAAGAUUUCAACUUUGCAAGAUCAGGAACCAUUAAGCAACGAUGUCAGUAAUCAGCCGAGUACAUCGAGAGCCGUGUUGAAUUCAUCAGCAAAUACAGACAGCGAUCUUUCUGGAAAAGAGUCCAAAAAUCCAACACGAAAAAGUUUUGAAGAUGUGUUACUGGAACUAUUUCAAAAAGAUAAAAAAGUAAAUCCAGAACGGAAGCGUAAAAGAUUGGUAACCCAUUGUGAAAUCAUAACAUCGACAGAAUAUGCAACCAAAAGACAACAAGAAGAAUUGGAAAAGGAGAAAAAUCUAGAGCAAAAAAAGUUAAAGCUCUUAGAAAAGUCCGGUAAGAAGCAAAAUGUAAAGAAAGUAAAAAAACCCAAACAAAAAAAUGAACACCCAAGAUUUGACUCGUCUAGUGAAAAUGAAAGUGACUACUCACUGCGUGAAAGUGACUACUCACUGCGUGAAAGUGACUACUCACUGCGUGAAAGUGACGAAAGCCUAACAAUAAACUUUUCUGAUAGCGAGGAAGAACCAAGCAUCGUGAGUUCUGGUAACUGCUUGAGUACUGGUCAGUAUGCCGUUGUUUUUGGAAAAGAUGACUUAUCUUUUAGAAUGUAUGUUGGAAGAAUACAAAAUACUGAUACUCACGGCUACGAAGUCAAGUUUUUAAAGAGACAUGGCCAGACUAUGAAAUUCCAGGAAACGGAGGAACAAUCCUACAUAAAAAGCACUGAGAUAGUGAGAAAAUUAUCGCAGCCUAUACCAUGCAAAUCGGCACGGUAUCGUAAUAUGAUAUCUUUUAAUACCGAUCUGAAUGAUUUAAGUAACCUUAUUGAUUAA